GUUGUUUUGUUCAUCAUUUUAUCGGCCUGUCUAGGCUGUGCGCAUUCAGUGGUGUCGCGAGUCAAUUGAACAUGGCCGAAAACAAUGGCAAUAGUUACUGACUCGAAUUUGUUGUAUCCCUUGCACACUUGUCAGUACCGAAGCGGAAGCCUCUAAUAAAACCUGAAAGCUAACUCGUUUGUCCGACUGCAAAGAGAGUAAUCGUCGCUCCUGUGGGACAUCCCCCAUCUCGGGCCUCCGCCCCCUCGAUCCUUGUUAUUGAGUUCUUCACCCCAAAUACGCAGCGGAUUCUUUCCGUACAUUAUGCACAGCGACUACCCAUCGACAGGCGCUGUCCCCAUGAUGCGAAAUUGAAUAAAAAAAGGUCGUAACUGCUUGAUCGAGCCAAGGUGAGAGAUGUGGCUCUGAUAAGCAAGGUCAAAAUAGGUGCUGCGAGGUGGCUGAUAUUAUGGCAACUGCUAUUCAAAAGAAUGGCAUGAAACACCUGACGAACGGAGCACUAAAUCACGUCGACAAUGUCAGCAGUCUGGAAAGGGCAGGAAUGCACCCGGACAGCAAGGAUGUUAUGCUCGCCGAGGAACAGGAACAGCCUGAGAUACAGGGGGACAUGGAAGUUCGCGAGACUGAGGCUGCUGAAAUGGAGGCCCCCGAGAUAGACAUUGUGAUAAACAACGUAGUGUGCAGUUUCAGCGUCAGAUGCCACCUUAAUCUGCGCAAGAUCGCGCUUGAAGGAUCAAACGUCGAGUACCGGAGAGAAAAUGGGAUGAUAACCAUGAAACUGCGCCGGCCUUAUACGACUGCAUCAAUAUGGUCAUCAGGCAAAGUGACAUGCACAGGAGCAACAAGCGAGGACCAAGCAAAGAUCGCAGCCCGACGUUUUGCCCGCUCCCUGCAGAAGCUUGACUUCAAAGUCCGCUUCAACAACUUCCGGGUAGUCAAUGUCCUGGGGACCUGCUGUAUGCCAUUCGCCAUAAAGAUCACAUCAUUCUCUGUCCGGCACAAGGAUAUUGCGGAUUACGAGCCAGAGAUUCAUCCUGGAGUUACAUACAAACUGAAGGAGCCAAAGGCCACUCUCAAGAUAUUCUCAACGGGAAGCGUUACUGUGACUGCUCCAAGCGUAGCGGCAGUACAGGCAGCGAUCGAACACAUCUUUCCACUAGUCUACGAGUUUCGCAAGGAACGAACCCCGGAGGACCAGCUCGCCCUGCAAAUCAAGAAGCGGGGCCUGGCGGGAAACAAGCGGACAGGCAAUUGCACCGGUGCCUUUCCGCCGGAGGUAGUGCCGGUGCCGGAUGAUGACGCGAUGGGCUCAGAUGACGAAGGCGACGCCAGCGACGUAAGCUGGAACUGAUCUGCCUUUGUCGCCUGAGAGUGCUAGCUCGCGUUUCUCAGAGACAACACAAAUAUGAUGUGCUAUUUUAAUGUGUGUCGGACAAUCGCGCCAGAGCGGAGCAGUAGCCGUGGCAAAGUGGCAAGACCGUGGUGUGCAUAAUUUAUGUUGUUUUGAGCCAAUGCGUGACUGACGAAAAAGAGAAAGAGAGUGGGUGGUUUGGAAGGGAAAGAGAAGUAGAGAAAUAGAGACAGAGAGGAGAGAAGAGAGUUGGGAAUGCGCGUACGAUAUCGCGAUGCUUGACUCAUGGCUCCUGCAAUUCUUAAGGGUAAAGGAGUGCAAGGUAAAAGCUCAGAUGACUAGUCGAGUGUGUUGUAUUCGAAUUAAGUUCUUUCAAUCAAUUUACUCGAUAAUCAUACGAUCCAAGGGGCUGCAUUGGUGCUUGCUGACUUAGCUGGCCAUAAAUGAAACUGUGGUGUUUCGUCUUACGACGCCCAGUCAAUGCAAAUGCCAAGAAAAUUUGUGACGCUCCCCCAUGCGUAUUAUUAUAGUUUUUAUUUUUUUUUUUUUUUGGUUUCCUGUAAUAAUCUACCGUGCCAAAGAUGGAUGUUCAAAAUUGGAGGCAAAGUUAUUGUUUUUGUGUAGAACAUUACUUGUACAGCUGAAGAUUUUGUUCAUUAUAAGAAUAAGUUUUCUCAUUAUCCAUACGUCCUCGCUUUUUUUCGUAAUUACAAACAGUGAUCAGUCGAUUGCAAUUGUUUAGCAAAAAGUAUGGAAGCCUAUAGUUUCUUUUGUAAAAUUGUAAUUCCAACUGGCACUCGCUACCUUUGCUUGUAAUGAUACGUCGUUGCACCGGCUCACGGGCAUAGAAAAACUACCAAAAUUUAAAUCUGGUGUCAGGUCCGCGUGGCCCGGCUCGAUUCAUACGCAGUUAUCACUCAAAUACAACUUGCAAACGUGCAAAAAUUAAUAUAAUAUCGAGCCUUCGAUAAAUAUUACAGACUUCUUCAACGACCCAUGAUAUUAGAAAGAUUCGGUAGAAAGGUAGUAAGCGAAAAAGUCAGGGAGCGAGGGAGGAUUCAGUGAGUCUUUCGCCAAUUCCUGGUGAACCAUACAGCGACGCAAAUAGGUAUUUUUGCAUGUUUGCCUACACGAAACCCAACGAUCUUCCAGAUCCCGAUAUACGGUCGAAAAUUUCAGGAGAAAUGAUUAUUCAACUAUCAAACAAUUAAGGAAAAUGCUAUAAUCCUUUAUUGAUUAUGUGUCUAACAGAAUCUCAACGUCGAGGUUUAGAAAAAAAAAGCGGAAACGGAAACACAAUGCGACCUUAUUACAUUAAUUCGAACGAUUUAGCCCAGAGAGAAUUCAUUCUGAGUAAACCAUUGUCUACAUUUCAUGAAUACACAAUUGUACCCUAAUAUUCGGUCUUUGGCCGUUAGUAAGGGUUAACCAGCCUCAUAGGCGUCAACAGAGAUUUCUCUAACGAUAUUUACGCAGUUAAUAAAUACACAUAAAUACUCGUGCGAAACUGUUUAUUAUUGUCGAGUCUGUCCCGCGAACUAGAUCUUUUUCUCCUCUCUAAUUCGUUAUGAAAUAAUUUUUUUCAAAUGAAUCAGUAGAGAGAGAAUAGCGUUCGCAGUGAAUAUUCUUCCCUUUUAACGAAUAUUAUAUCCAUCCGUGUAUGUUCCGCAAUAUCGCCACCACUUCUCUUCCCUGUUAAUUCGUGUACUUUUUAAAACUAUAUUUGUUUCAUCUCUUUCGUUGAAAUCGGUAGAAAUUCAGGCCAGGAUGACCUCCACCAAUUCACUUUCAUCCCGACCUGAAACACUAACCGUAAAAUGCGAGAAAAUUGUCAGAGUAGGGGGGAAGAAACGGUGCCGUAAUCCAGGGCAAUAUCUCAUAUCCGACUAUUUAAAAGGUAUAAAUAUUAGUAGUUAUACUGGGUGCGCCGAAUUUCAAAUGUACCCCGCGACGCGUAUCACGAUAUUAUAAUGCUAUAAGAAACAUUUAAAUGGGGUAUCGCGUUAUCAUCCCCCCUCCGCCCAUGUGUCAUUGUAGCUAGUUGUAAUUACUUGAAUGAAUAUCAUCCUCGCACACGCAUAUAUAUAUAUAUACACACAUAUAGGUAUAUAUGUAUUUAUACACACAUAUAUAUAUAUGUAUUUGCGUGCGCGAGUGUAUCAUUAUAUGUAUGUAUGUAUAUGUACACAGUGAACGUCGAAAAUAAAGCAAUUUUGUUAUAUGUGCGAGCCUUAGCGGUGCAUUAAUUAGAUUCCUGUGUAUAAAAUAUGUACUAUGUAUAAAAAAUAGCAUCGUAAUAAAAUCAUUGACAAUUGAUCCGGGGAGGAACAAAAACACAAUUAUAUCUGAAAAUUGAAUAUUAUUAUCGAUAUACUGAAUAUGGUAUAGCAUAAAGAGUAGAUCUUAAAUAUAAAUGUGUAAUGUAAAGAGAAGAGAAAUGGCACCUGAUGAUUCUCUGAGCGUAACGUUAUACAUACAUACAUACGAUUAUUGUACCUAGCAACUUAUUAUGUAGGUAUGUGACGAUUUUUAAGCGAGUUUUGAAAUUAACCGAGCCGCCGUACGUAAAACUGCAUUAUCAGAAGCGUGGAUUGAAUAGUAAUAAUCGAUGAUUCGGUGAGAUCUCUCUAAUAAAAAUAAUAUUAAUAAUAAUUAAAACGACAUAAAUAAUAGUUAAAAGGUAAAAUAAAAGAUGUACACAAGACUGUUGAGUGAGAUGUAAUGAUAAAUUAAUAAAAUGUAAACGGAGAUAAAAAAAAAUUUUUUGCGUAAAGACGAAAGACAAAAAUGAAAAAAAAAUGAAGUAUGCUAUAAUUAAUUGAUUACUCUUUAUAGUCAUUAUCGUCAUCGUCGUCGACAUCGGCAUCGUCAUCGCGCGUUUAAUUAGUGAUAUGGUAUCAAUAAUGUUAAAAAUACGUCUAUCAAAUACCCUAUUUGCGUACAAAAUUGAACAAUAAAGACGCAUAAGUAUA